CAAGCGCACUCGCCUGUAGAAUUUCAAGUCCGUGUAUAAUGGCGGACGCUAAUAAUUGUGGAAGAUUCGUUGAUCUAUUGUUCUGUUUCUAACUAAGACAUAAGUAUCGGGAAUGAAGCUUGUGACGUGUAUUCAAUAGUAGUGUAUAUUACGUGAUAGUGAUAUGAAAUGUAUAACUUUAUAACGUGACGAAAGCGCCUGCUAGAUAUGUAACCUUUUCCCUAACCUCGUUUACGCCAAUGGAGUAAGAUAUGUGAUCGAUGUGUGUGCGUCGGUGAACGAUUUUUCGUCCGUUUGGCUUUAGAAUUCUUGCGAAGUUGAUUAGUUUAUUAGUAAUGGAAGUGUCCGCGUCGCGGUUUUGCUAUCCGACGCCAGAUUUCGAUGUAACAUAAGCGAGCCGGUAGAUCAAGAGUGUGAGCGGGUCACCGCCACCAGCCGAACAUGGCUGCGACGCAAGCAGAGACUCAACGCACCGAAGCGAACGUAGAUCAGAGUCCAUCGGAGCAGCUCAGUGAAUCUCGGAACGCUUUAUUACAGAACGGCACCGACAAAACGGUCGGGCGCGUUCCGCCCGAUGGCGUCGUGAACACAAAGAGCAAGUCGCCUAUGUCGACCGAUACGGGCCAGGCACGCGACGGAAGCGAGGCGCCUGGUCACGAUCGAGGUGGCGACAGGCCGGGGGCCGAUCAGUACGGCCAGUACCGGUAUCCUGACGUCGUAGAUCCUUAUUAUUCUCAGCGACCCGGCUUUCCCGGCAAGCCGAGGCCGCCUCCGCCGCAGCAGCGUUUCUUCCCUGGGCAGCCGACUUCACAAGCUCCUGGCCCCACUCCUACGCUUAAUUCGCUACUACAGUCUAGUGGGGCACCACCACAUCGAUACCCAAAUAGCUAUGAACAAUCUCCGAGUGGCUACGGCCCUGCGCCCGGCUGGCCGCCGCCAAGACCCAUGCCGCCGUACAAUCCGCAAGGCAACCCAUAUAGGAACUCAACACCUCCGCGUGGCUAUGGUGGCCCUCCUUAUGGCUCUGGUGCUCCAGGUGGACCUCAGCAGCAAGGAGGUGGCUAUGGUCCGCCAGGUUCAUAUUCUCAGCGUUAUCCCCCGCCCCCGGGACCCCCAGGAGCUCCCAAUUCUCGACCGCCCUUUUCACCGCACCAGGGAUACGAGCGCGGUGGUUCGCCCCAGCCACCAAACCAGCCCUCGGGAGCGCCCAGCCCGGGGGCCCAGCCAAACGCCCCUGGGCCCAUGUCCCCCACGCAAGACGGACAGCACGCGCCGCACUUGCAACACCCUAACCAACCAUUACCUCACCAGGGCUACCCUCCCCCUCCCAGGCCUCCGCAGCCGUCCACGCCGAACACACAUGAUCCAGACUCGGAUCUGACAGGCCAAAACAGCAAUGACUCUGGAGGCAGCGGCAGCGCAGGGCGCGCCACCACACCACACUUGAGGCCUACGCCCAGCCCUACCGGCUCUAGCGGCUCACGAUCCAUGUCACCUGCUGUCGGCACUCAGAACGUACCGAUGCCACCGCGAACGUCGUCGUCGCUGCCGGAUGGCAGCGGUGGUGCGCCGCGGGGCGGCGCGGGCGGUGGGCCUCCGGGACCUGCACCAAGUCCGGUGCCUCCACCCGGAUCUAUGGUCGCUCAACCCUACGGCCAUCAUCCCGCAUACAAGCAACAGCACUACCCGCCGCCGCAGUCCUAUGCCUACCCGCCACGAAAUCCUCACCCGUACCAUCCUUCUUACGGAUCGUACCGCCCGCCACCACCACAUCCUCCGCAACACUAUCCACCGCUCAAGCAGCAAGGCCGACACAUGGGUCCACCUGGACAAGGAGUGCAAGAUGGUGCGAUGCCGCCGCCGACGGCGCCCGGCGAAUCGCACGACAACGGGCCCGCGGCACCCGCCACUGCGCUUGUCACCACCGGUCCUGACGGUGCGCCGCUCGACGAGGGCAGCCAACAAAGUACCCUUAGCAACGCAUCCGCAGCGUCAGGAGAAGAGCCGUGCGGCACACCGAAAGGCCGCAAAGACUAUGGCCCUGGCAGUGCUGCACCGUCGCCCUCACCAGGUGGAGGGUCGCACUCUUCGGUACCAGACGAUUACGACGCGUCGCCGUCCUCAUGGCCCCGUCCGCCCUCUAGUCCCGUAUUUAACAGUCACAUGCCACCGGAGUCCUACAGAUCAAAGAAGUCGGACUCGCUGGGCAAGCUGUACGAGAUGGACGACGACCCGGAGAGGCGCGGCUGGGUGGAGCGGCUGCUGGCGUUCAUGGAAGAGCGGCGAACGCCUAUCGCCGCCUGCCCGACUAUCAGCAAACAACCGCUCGACCUCUACAGACUUUACCUGCUCGUGCGCGACCGCGGCGGUUUCGUCGAGGUGACGAAGAACAAAACGUGGAAAGAUAUCGCCGGACUCCUGGGCAUCGGCGCAUCGUCAUCCGCCGCAUACACUCUGCGCAAGCACUACACGAAGAACCUACUCGCGUAUGAGUGCCACUUCGACCGCGGCGGAAUCGACCCCCAGCCCAUUAUCAACCAGGUUGAAGCAUCAACAAAGAAGAAAGGCGGCAAGUCCAACAGCAACCCUAGCACAGCGGGAGCAUCCAACUCGCAAGAGUCGUUUCCAGGCGGAGGGCAGGCGGCGCCCGGCCAGCCCAUGGACGGGUACCCGGGACAGUACGCACCCUACCCGCCACAGCCCAACCAACCACAAGGCGGCGGGCCGGGUGGCGACAACCUCGCCGCCUCCAACCCGUUCGACGAGCCGCCGGGGCCCCGGAGACCCCCAGGUUACCAGCAAGGCUACGGGUACGAAUAUGGGUCUCCAUACCCAACCAAUAGACCAGUUUAUCCUCCAUACGGAUCGGACGGCGGUGACAGAGGGUACGGUUCAGGCGGGGAAUACCGUUACGGCGGGUACGGCGGCGGAUACCGCGCGGGCGCGCCGCCGCCGCCCGGUACACCGCCACCGCCAGCGCAGCCUUACCCCGACUACUACCGACCGCCUCACCCGCCGCAUCCACCUCAUCCACCGCACCCGCAACAUCCACCACAUCCGCCACACUCGCCGCAGCAACCUCCGCACGAGAUGUCGAGCGUCGCGUCGUCUGUCGGUAACCUAAUGAGCUCCCAGCUCGCGCGGCAGCUGGUGGCGCCACUGCCGCCCAACCCUCGGCCCUACUAUGGCGGCGGGAAGCCUCCAGUGCCGGUUGCUACGAAUGCGGGUACUCCUCGACGGCAUCCCGAUUUUGCAAAAGCAGAAGGUUAUGCUGGUCCUGUGCCAGGGGUACCGAACACGGGAUCUCCGCAGAGUGUCGGCGCACGGUUCGGCGGCGCGUGGGGUAACGCAUUCCCGCGUGGACCGCAGACGCAAUCGCCCACCGCUCCUUGGCGUCCACCUUCCGGCGCCGCGCAGCAAACUGGAUGGCCGCCUCAGCCUUAUCAACAGGGGCCGGGUGCGACAGCUUGGGGCGCGCGACCGCCGGGCACGGAGCCCUACCCGCCCUCCACUGCGCCCUCGCCUAAUUCGGCGCCUGUUGGUCCCGGGCAGAUAAAGCGCGAGCUGAACUUCCCCGCGGAGUGUGUGGAAGCGGCCGUUCCCACUGGCGAGAAGCGCCGCCGACUCACCAAAGCGGACGUGGCUCCUGUCGACGCGUGGCGUAUCAUGAUGGCUCUGAAGUCCGGUCUUCUCGCCGAGACGUGCUGGGCUCUCGACAUUCUCAAUAUCCUUCUUUUCGAUGACAACUGCAUCGGCUACUUCGGUCUACAGCACAUGCCCGGUCUAUUGGACUUAUUACUCGAACAUUUCCAAAAGAGUCUCAGCGAUAUAUUUGACGCUGCCACACAAGAAAACGAGCCAUGGUAUAUUCCGCCGCCUACUGUCGAACCUGUAGAGAAAAAGCGCCAGAAAAUCGAACCACCCGAUCCCGCUGACAGAGUCACAAUACUUUCUGGCGAGAAUUUCACAAUGGAAUCUAGGCGACGACAUCCUGUCAUCUACCGCCAAGACGAUGAACUGUUUGCUCCUGAUGACUGUGAAUCUGAUACGGAGCGAGUAGAAGAUGUGUUAGAACCGUGGCAGUUUGGUGGGGACUCGAGUGGCGCAGCUCAUGUGAUGCCGUGCUUCCGUGGCGAGUUCGUGCAUUUACCAUUUGUGAAAGUUAUGCCAGGCGAAAGAGCACCAUCUCCUCCUCCGACGCCAACGGUCAACAGCGUAGAAUCGCCACGGACAGUCAAAACAGAGCCCGAAGCGCCCGAACCGGCAUCAACAGAAACGACGAAAGACGGUGAAGAUGAAGACAACCUAGAGGCGGAACCGAUGGAGCUAGAGCCCGAGCGGCGACCUACAUUACUCAUACGAGAUCCCGCAGGUGUACUGAAACGACGUCGUCUAGAAGAUUACGAAGACGAGUGUUACACGCGUGACGAACCAAGCCUCAAUUUAGUGAACGAGUCUCGUGAAGCUCUCGCAAAGCGUUGCAUAGCGUUAUCGAAUAUACUUCGCGGAUUGACAUUCGUGCCUGGUAAUGAAGUGGAAUUUUCGCGGUCCAGUGCGUUCCUUGCUCUGACUGGCAAGCUGCUGUUACUGCAUCACGAGCACGCGCCGCGCGCGGCGAGAGCGCGGGCUUACGAGCGAGCGGCUAAGGACGAAGGCGACGCGGACGCGUGCUGUUCCAGUCUACGCGGCGAGAGCGAGUGGUGGUGGGAUGCACUCGCUCAGCUGAGAGAGGAUGCCUUAGUAUGCUGCGCUAACAUCGCGGGCGGCGUGGAGCUUGCUGGGCAACCCGAAGCUGUCGCGCGACCGCUCUUAGAUGGGCUACUGCAUUGGAGCGUGUGUCCCGCUGCGGUGGCGGGAGACGCGCCGCCUGCAGCCGGUGCUUCCUCUCCUUUAUCUCCACGUCGAUUAGCCCUAGAAGCGCUGUGUAAGCUCUGUGUUACGGACGCUAAUGUAGACCUCGUGCUGGCGACGCCUCCGCGCGGUAGAAUCGCAGCGUUGUGUGCGGGCCUCGCCCGGGACCUAUGCCGACCCGAGCGGCCGGUAGUGCGUGAGUUUGCUGUCAAUUUACUGCAUUAUUUAGCGGGCGCGGGCGGAUCCGCAGCUCGAGAAGUAGCAAUGCAUGCGCCGGCUGUAGCGCAGCUGGUGGCGUUCAUCGAGCGCGCUGAGCAGACCGCCCUCAGCGUGGCCAACCAGCACGGCGUGACAGCGCUGCGCGACAACCCCGAUGCGAUGGGCACGUCGCUGGACAUGUUGCGGCGUGCGGCCGCGACGUUGCUGCGUCUCGCCGAGCAUCCCGAGAACCGGCCGCUAAUCCGCCGGCAUGAGCGGCGUCUGCUUUCACUGGUGAUGUCGCAAAUCCUCGACCAGAAAGUGGCGCACGAGCUGGCCGACGUGCUGUACCAGUGCAGCCUGGCGGCCGGCGAGGCGGACGCGGUCGGGACGGACGAAUAGUGGUGGAGUGACAGUGAAAGCGGUGACGAGGCGGACGCUCGGGCGCCGCGCGAUGAGACUGAACAUACCUGACGGUACGUGUACAUAUAGUGAUACGGCGCGCCCCGGACGCGGCGCACUCCCCGUUCUCGUGACUCCGAGAUCAUUUAUAGCGAUGUCUCAAGUGUUAGGCUGUACAAUCCGAUUUUGUUAUUUAUGUCCAUGAUGUUUUAUUUACAAUUUUACAAGAAAUGUCAAUGUGCUAUAAUCGAUUUCUAUUGUUCGAUUGAGAAGAUGUAUUAUAACUCGUAAUUUUGAUUUUUAUAAUAAAAUGGGACUUGAAUCUGUUUAUUGGUUUUAUGAUGGAGAUUUUUAUACCGAGUACCUUUAGCGCCUUUGUCUUUAAGAGAAGUAGUGGAGA